AUGUAUGGUGCUCUUUUGCUGACUACUUCCAUUUUAAAUAAAGAAAUCCAAGAACAUAAAGUUAAAAUACAUGAAUUUCCAGAAACAGAUGAUGAAGAAGAAAAAAAACUUGUUAAAAAGAUAAAGGACCAUUUACCUCUUGCUGUGGUGGGUAGUAAUACUAUCAUUGAAGUUAAUGACAAAAGGGUCAUAGAAAGGCAGUAUCCUUGGAGUGUUGCUGAAGUUGAAAAUGGUGAACAUUGUGAUUUUACAGUUCUAAGAAAUAUGUUGAUAAGGAAUCAAGCAACAUGGGACGUGUUGAGGAGACAGCACAAUCGGGCAGGGAGGAGGGUUGAAGAGCAGACAGGCUCGCUGGGAGAGCGGAGGACAGGGACGGGGAGAGAGGGUGGGAUGGAGAGGGCAUCCGAGGGGAGACGGUCAGAGCUAUUAAUAGAAACAAACUCUUGCUGUUUAUUUAUGACAGAACACACUCAGGACUUGAAAGAUGUUACUAAUAAUGUCCCCUAUGAGAACUAUGGAAUCAGAAAACUGGCAGCUGUGACUUAUCAUGGAGUUGAUAACAAGAAGAAUAAAGGGCAGUUCGCUAAACAUUUAAUGAUUACCCUUAAUAUUAAUGACAGGAGCCCUCUGGCACAAAUGGAAGAAGAAAGAAGGGAGCAAGUAGCUAAAAUUAAGAAGAUGGAGCUGGAGAUGGAGCAGGUGUUUGAGAUGAAGGUCAAAGAAAAAGUUCAAAAACUGAACGACUCUGAAGCUGAGCUCCAGCGGCGCCAUGAGCAAAUGAAAAAGAAUUUGGAAGCACAGCACAAAGAAUUGGAGGAAAAACGUCGUCAGUUUGAGGAUGAGAAAGCAAACUGGGAAGCUCAACAACGUAUUUUAGAACAACAGAACUCUUCAAGAACCUUGGAAAAGAACAAGAAGAAAGGGCAGAUCUUUUAAACCCUCUAUUGACUACCAGUUACGUAUUAGUUGCCAAUAUGCCAGCUUGGACAUCAGUGUUGGAUCCGUUUGACCAGUUUGCAUUAGUUUUAUCCAUAAUGAUGGAUUUAACAGCAUGACAAAAAUUAUUUUUGUUGUUGUUGUUCUUAAUGGAGAUUAAGAUGCCUCGAAUUGUCUAGGGUGUUCUGUACUUAGAAAGUAACAGCUCUAAGUAGCUUUCCUACAUUUUCUCUUUUUUUUUAAUUAAACAGAUAUCUUCGGUUUAAUGUAAGAGAACAUUUUACAGUUGUACAAUCAUGUUCUGGUGGUUUGAUUUUUUACAGGAUAUUCCAAAAAAAAAGGACUCAGGAAGGUUUUCAUUGAGGAUAAAUUGCCAUAAUAUGAUGCAAACUGUGCUUCUCUAUGAUAACUAUAAUACAAAGGUUCCAUUCAAUGCAGCAUAUACAAUAAUAUAAUUUAGUCUAACACAGUUGACCCUAUUUACUGACACUUCCAUUGUUUAUAAAUACACAUGGGGAAAAAAAACCCCUAUAUGCUUACAGUGCACCUAGAGGUUUUUUUUCUAUAACAGUCUCUUUUUGUUUGUUUGUUUUGGAUUCUUUAAAUAUAUAUUAUUCUCAUUUAGUGCCCUCCUUAGCCAGAAUCUCAUUACUGCUUCAUUUUUGUAAUAACAUUGACUUUAGAUAUUUUCCAUAUAUUGGCCCUGCUAAAAUAGAAUAUAGCAUAUUUCAUAUGGUAGGAACCAACAAGAAAACUUUGCACUAACUCCCUUUUUACACUUUAUGGUAAGUAGCAGGGGGGAAAUGCAUUUAUAGAUCAUUUCUAGGCAAAAUCAUUUCUAGGCAAAGCUAAUGACCAACCUGUUUCUACCUAUAUGCAGUCUCUUUAUUUUACUAGAAAUGGGAAUCAUGGCCUCUUAAAGAGAAAAAAAGUCACCAUUCUGCAUUUAGCUGUAUUCAUAUAUUGCAUUUCUGUAUUUUUUGUUUGUAUUGUAAAAAAUUCACAUAAUAAGCCAUGUAGUGAUGUAAUAGAGUGUGGGGGUUUCAAUAUUCUACAGUCGAUGUACAAGAGUAGAGUAUGUUUGGGAAGAAACUUUUCAAGUUGAAUUUGCCUCCUCUAUGAUGACAUAUCUUAUAUGCUUGUGCUGAUUUUCUAAUUUAAGAGAUACCAUAUCUCUCUAUUCAUUUCUAUCUCUCAUUUGUAUGCUUAUUUUUCUGAGAACAAUUUUUUUUUUUUCCAGACAGGGUCUUGCUUCGUUGCCCAGGCUGGAGUGCAGUGGCAUAAACACGACUCACUGCAGCCUCAACCCUCUGGGCUCAAGCAGUCCUUCUGCCUCAGCCCCUUGAGUAGCUGGGACUGCAGGCGUGCACCACCAUGCCUGGCUAAUUUUUGUAUUUUUUGUAGAGAUGGGGUUUCAUUAUGUGGCCCAGGCCGAUCUCGAACUCCUAAGCUCAAGUGAUCCACCCACCUCAACCUCCCAAAGUUCUGGGAUUACAAGCAUGAGCCAUCAUGCCUGGCCUCUGAGAAGUUUCUAACUCAUUCAGAUUAGGUAUACUCUCAAGUCCCUGGAAACUGAAUUUUUUAACUGGAAAGAGAGUGGUGUAAUUUCUCAAGGUCAAAUGAUGUAUAUUUUAACAUAAUACAUAAUUUAAGUGUAAUUAAUGUAGCCCAGUUUAUUAUCUUGAAAUGUUUUACCCUAUUUACUUUUUAAAUUAAUGACCUAAGCAGAGGGAAUAAUUAUAAGUCAAUAUCAG